CCUCCCGUAUAUAACCCCUUAUUGAUUUCAGUGUGUUUGAUAGUAUAUGGUAUUACAAUUGUAUUCAAGAAGCCUUAUGUCACAACAAACUUUGGUGUGAAAUAGUUCAAAAAAAUAUAUUAAACGUCUAAUUUAUUGAAAAUUGUAUCAAUAAACACAAAAUCAUGUUUGCACUCAUUGGCUCCUUUCAACGUAAUCUGAGAUUUUCAAGCUUGAGGCAGUUACAAACAUCUUCUAAGCAUUUAUCGGAUGCCCUUUUUGUUCAUAGAGACAGUGAAAUUGACAAUACCAAUUCACACUUUGAAUUUACAGAAGAAAAUAAAAAAAGGAUCGAUUCUAUUUUAAAAAUUUAUCCAGAUGGACACAAACGAGGCGCUAUGAUUCCAUUAUUAGAUUUGGCUCAGAGGCAACAUGGUUGGUUACCAAUAGCAGCAAUGCAUGAAGUUGCAAGUAUUUUAAAUGUUCCAAAUAUGAGGGUCUAUGAAGUUGCUACGUUUUACACUAUGUUUAAUCGUAGACCCAUGGGAAAGUAUCAUAUACAAGUUUGUACUUGCACCCCGUGUUGGUUACGAGAUUCAGAUAGUAUAUUGAAAACUGUGUGUGAUGUCACCAACUGCACAGUUGGUAGCAAUUCGGCAGACAAUUUAUUCACUAUAUCUGAAGUUGAAUGCCUAGGUGCAUGUGCUAAUGCACCAAUGAUGCAAGUUAAUGAUGAUUAUUAUGAGGACCUUACGCCAGAAAUUACAACGAGUAUAAUCAAAGCAUUAAUGAAAGGAGAGCGCCCACCUCCUGGACCACAAAAUUGUAACAGAUAUGCAGCCGAACCUAUUACUGGAUUAACAUCUUUAACUUCUGAAGUACCUGAUCGAUCAUUUCGAGUCAGACCCGACCUGUAAUCAUUUAGUUGAACUUGAACUUUAAUAUAAUUUGUUCGAAAAAACAUACAUUUUUCAACUCAUUUUUAAAAAGGUAUCUAAUCGAAAUAUAUGUAUCAGAAGUUAGCUUUAGAAGAAAUCAUGAUAGCUAAUUGUUUAGAAUUGAUGAUUUUGUUAUUUAGAAGUAUCACUUCUAAAGUAUAAUUAGAAUUAUUGAAAACAAAUAAAUUUAUAGUAGACCGUUGCUUA